GCCAUGGCGGAUGUCCCCGGGGCGCAGCGACCGGUUCCCAGCGGUGGCCCAGAGCCCCGGGACCCCCUGGACUGCUGGGCCUGCGCUGUGCUGGUAACGGCCCAGAAUCUGCUGGUGGCUGCCUUCAAUCUUCUCCUGCUGGCGCUGGUGCUGGGGACUAUUUUGCUACCCGCCGUCACCAUGCUGGGUUUCGGCUUCCUCUGCCAUUCACAGUUCCUGCGAUCCCAGGCACCCCCUUGCACCGCGCACCUGCGGGACCCGGGCUUCACAGCCCUGCUGGUCACCGGAUUCCUGCUCCUCGUGCCGCUGCUCGUGCUUGCUCUGGCCAGCUACCGCCGCCUCUGCCUGCGUCUCCGCCUGGCCGACUGCCUCGUACCCUACAGCCGAGCCCUCUAUCGGCGACGGCGCGCCCCGCAGCCGCUGCAAACCCGGGCCUCACCAGGGUCCCCAGCCAUUCCCACAUCAGGAAAGGUCUGGGUCUGAGGAAACCUCAAGUCUAGAGCAACUGAGACGGCAGCAGUCCCUCCCUUUCCGCCGCCCAAGGACUUGAAGCCCCGGGGUUUUCUGCCCUGCCCCCACUCCUGCCUGAGCCGGGUCCUAGCAUCCCCUUAGAGAACAGCAUCAUCAGGAACCCAAUGCUGGUGAAAAUUCCCACACCCCGGAAAACCCACUUUCUUCUCACUACCUACGUCUAAAUCCUGAAUAUCUGGGCUGGACCCUAUACAGGCGCCCGUGCACA